AUGUCAACCAACAAUCUGAAAAGAGAAGCCAGCAAUCAAGCUGCGAAACCUAACAAUAAAAGAGCAAAGAAUUCACGUCAGAGAUCUGAUAAGCGUGCGACUAAACAACCUGGACAACCAUUAGACGAUCGUAGAGAAUGGACGAGAGAAUGGGCUGGUUUACCAAAAUCUAGCGAUAUCACUCAAUCUGGUCCUAAGUUGCCAAAGAGGAAAUGCGCUGUCAUUAUUGGGUUUUGCGGUACAGGAUACAAUGGUAUGCAAAUUCAACCACAUGGAAAUGUGAAAACAAUAGAAGGUGAUAUAUUCGUGGCUAUGAUAAAAGCAGGUGUUAUCAGUCCAGAUAAUUCAACAGACCCUGGUAAAGUAAAUCUUCAAAGGGCAGCAAGAACAGAUGCAAGCGUACACGCAGCUUUUAACGUCAUAUCACUCAAAAUGAUCGUCGAUUUGCCAGACACACCUGACAUUGUCGAGAAGAUAAAUGAGCACUUACCUAACCACAUAAGAAUCUGGGGAUUUGUGCGCACACAGAACUCAUUUGACGCCCGUACAAGUUGUGAUAGUCGCUCAUACGAGUAUUUAUUGCCUUCUUACGUCUUUAUUCCACCCUCACCAUGGUCAAAUCUCGGCAAGAGGCUUAAAUCGAGCCAUCCAUUCUGGGAAGGUGUCGAUGAGACAGAGGAUAUAGCGUCAAUGAUGACACGUAAAAGGGCCUACCGUAUUGAUAGCGAUACACUUGAUAGGGCACGCGAAACACUCGCACAGUUUGAAGGCAGUCACAACUUUUGGUCUUACACUAUAGGGAAAGGAUUCAGAGAUAGAAGUUCACAGAGGUUUAUGAAAAAACUCACAAUACAAGACCCCUUCCUAGUCGAAGGUAAUGAGUGGAUUAGCGUCAGAUUCUACGGUCAGAGUUUCAUGUUGCAUCAAAUUCGUAAGAUGAUUUUCAUGUUAGUAAACGUCGUUAGAACGGGCACACCAGCAUCACUCAUUCCUACAACCUACACCGAUUUACCAAUAGUUGUACCAAAAGCACCAGGAUUAGGACUCUUGCUUGAAAAGCCCCACUUUAACGUCUACAACAGCCGCGUUAAAGAAAACAAUGAGCAUAUUGACCAAAACGCCGGCGAGAGAAUUAACAAGGCAGUCGAAAAAGUACACAAGCAGAAGGGCAAGGAUGCUGAAGCGGGUAAAACUGAUGUUGAGUAUCCGUCUGACGAGCAAAUCAAGAGUGAGACAACAAAGCAAAUAAAUGGAGAUAGGAGAGAACUCAUAGAUUUCGUACCAUAUGAAGAGAAAGUAGAAGCAUUCAAGCAUGAAUACAUCUACAAACGUCUAAGGAAGGAAGAAGUACUUGGUAAUGUCUACAGUCGUUGGGUAGGUAUGAUAGACAGUCACGAGGGUCAGCAACUCGACUAUCUCAAUCCGGAAGGUGUGAUCACAGAAUCAGCUAUCAAGGCAGGCAAGAAGGGUGUAAAAGGGGGCCAGAAUGCACAACUUGAUGGUGCGGAUAACAGUGGUGUGAAAGCGACACUCGAAUCAGACGAUGAGGAUAAUUAUGAUAAGAAAGCACUCAAGAGUGGUGAACUUGAAGGAUGAGAAUUUUUUUGUUAGUUUUUGUAAAUAU